UCUCACUUCGGCGAUUCGCUUCGACAAACAGAGAAAGGGGUUUUUAGGUCGCCGGAAGGACGAAGAAGAUUUCUCAAUCGGAGAUCAGGUUCCGGUGUAGAAGUGACGCCGAAGUUCGACGGUGAUGGAUAGAGAGUGGGGGUCGAAGCCGGGAAGUGGAGGAGCGGCCUCUGCACAAAAUGAAGCUAUUGACCGUAGAGAGCGUCUUCGACGGCUUGCUCUCGAGACCAUCGAUCUCGCCAAGGAUCCUUAUUUUAUGCGCAAUCAUCUUGGAAGCUAUGAGUGUAAGCUUUGCUUGACUCUGCACAACAAUGAGGGAAAUUAUUUGGCGCAUACGCAGGGGAAGCGGCAUCAGACUAAUUUGGCCAAGAGAGCUGCCCGUGAAGCAAAGGAGGCUCCUGCUCAACCUCAACCCCACAAGAGGAAGGUCUCUGUUCGCAAAACAGUUAAAAUUGGAAGGCCCGGUUAUCGAGUAACAAAGCAAUUUGAUUCUGAAACAAAGCAGCGAUCUCUCCUUUUUCAGAUUGAAUAUCCUGAAAUUGAAGACCUAGCAAAGCCUAGGCAUCGGUUUAUGUCCUCUUACGAGCAGCGUGUGCAACCUUUUGACAAACGAUACCAAUAUCUUCUGUUUGCAGCCGAACCAUAUGAGAUAAUUGCAUUCAAGGUUCCAAGCACAGAGAUAGACAAAUCGACUCCAAAAUUCUUUUCACACUGGGAUCCGGACUCUAAAAUGUUCACGUUGCAAUUGUAUUUCAAAUCCAAGCCACAAGAGGCGAACAAGCCACCACCUGUACCUGCAACAAAUGGAACAGUGCCAUCUGGUGCACCUCCAAGGCCACUGCCGCCACCACCACAAGCUCCACCACCGCCACCACCUCCACCCCAGCAAGGAGCACCACCAAGAGUUCCUCCUCCUCCAAUGCCAGGGUCCUUGCCGCCUCCACCUUCUGUAAUGGCCAAUGGUCCUCCUAGGCCGAUGCCUCCUGGUGGGGCUCCGCCCAUCCCUCCACCACCUCCAGUUGGCAAUAAUACAAUGGCGAAUUUCACUCCUGGUACUCAGAUGAAUAGGCCUCCUAUGCCGCCUCCUCCACAGGGCUUCCCAGGUCAGGGUAUCCGGCAGCCACCACCACCACCACCCAAUAUGGGAUAGGCCACUUUAGCAUCGUUAAGGCAAUGGAUUUUAAUUGUUAGCCUCAUUAGUGAAUUUUGAUGCACUUUUCCUUUUCCGUUGUAUGAAUCAUAUUUCGGCAUGUAGAAUCAUAACAUACCAACCUUUGAAAUUGUUGUAUCUUUUCAGGCAAAAUGAGUAUUUUGUUAAUUGUGCCUA